AUGGACAAUCAAUUAAUUAGUGAAAAUGAACGCGAGGCGUUAAAGUAUCAGAAUACUUAUCGUUUGACAGCUUAUAAUCCGUUUAAAGUAGAUCCAGUGGAUAAGAUUAUAAAGAUGACAAUGAUUACUAAAUUAGAAGAUAUUUCUUAUGAUGCUGUGGAGUGCUUGAAAGUUUGCGAGUCAGUGGCUAGUGCUAUCAGAGACAAAAUCAAGAACUUGAACUUCGAUAGGUAUAAAAUCGUGGUCAGUGUAACUAUCAUAGAGAAAGCAAAUCAGUCUAUUCAAUCAGCAAUGGGAUUUCUUUGGGAUGCAGAAAAAGACAAUUAUUCCACAUUUUCGUACGAGGCUCGAACAUUUCACGCCUAUUGCUGUGUAUUUGGGCUUUAUUACGAAUAA